AUGGGCUUUUGUUUUGAGGGUUCCAAACGAGCACUCGUUUAUGAGUUUAUGCCUAAUGGAUCACUUGAAAAGUUUAUAUACAAGAAAUAUCCUUCAAAGGUUGAUCAUCAACUGGAGUGGAAAACAUUAUACAAGAUUGCAGUUGGAAUAGCUCGAGGACUAGAGUACUUGCAUAAAGGUUGCAAUGCACGAAUCUUGCAUUUUGAUAUAAAGCCUCACAACAUUCUUUUAGACAAGAACUACCAUCCAAAAAUAUCUGAUUUUGGUCUUGCAAAGAUAUGUUCAAGAGACGAGAGUAUUAUAUCUAUGUUGGGCACUAGAGGGACUGUAGGAUAUAUAGCUCCAGAAGUAUUUAGUAGAAAUUUUGGAGGGAUCUCUCACAAGUCUGAUGUUUAUAGCUAUGGAAUGAUGGUUUUAGAAAUGGUUGGGGGUAGAAAGAACAUAGAUAACGAGGGUGAUCGUACUAGUGAAAUAUACUUUCCUCAUUGGGUUUACAAGCGUCUUGAACUAGAUGAAGAACUAAGCUUGCAAAGCCUCGUGAUGAAUGAAGAGGAUCGUGAAAGUGCGAAGAAGAUGAUAAUUGUGGGUUUGUGGUGCAUACAAACCGACCCUUCAAAUCGGCCAGCAAUGGGUAGAGUUUUGGAUAUGUUGGAAGGGAGUUCUGAGUACUUGGAAAUCCCACCCAAGCCUUUCUUGUCCUCCCCAUCAAGAUCACCUCAGACAAAAUUGUCAUUUGAUUCUUCCACGACAAUGGAUGUCUUAUAG